UCUUCAACCGUACACGUGCAGGCCAAAAAUAAUAACAAUCAAAAAUGUUGAGAAAACAAGCCAGACAACGAAGGGAAUAUUUAUAUAAUAAAGCCCUUACCGAGCGCCUCAAGUCCAAGCAAAAAAUUCAGGAGACCGUUGUUCAAAGCAUCAAUGAAAACAAGUCAAUUGGUUCCAAAAAUGUGAAGAAAAGUCUGACGGCCUACAAAUCGCUGAAAUAUGUUGAUGAUGGUGUCGACGACCGCACUGUUAAUGAUGAAUAUCACUAUGCUGGAUGCGAAGAUCCCAAAAUAAUGCUAACCACCUCGCACAACCCCUCGUCCAGAUUGAAAAUGUUUAUGAAGGAACUUCGGCUGAUAUUCCCCAAUGCCCAACAGAUGAACAGAGGCAACUACCAGCUGGCUACUUUAAUGCAUGCCUGUCGUGCCAAUAAUGUAACCGAUUUCCUAAUUGUGCACGAGCAUCGUGGUGUACCGGACAGCCUUGUGGUUUGUCAUCUUCCCUAUGGCCCAACUGCCUUCUUCAACAUAUCCGAUGUUGUUAUGCGUCAUGAUAUUCCCGAUAUCGGACAUAUGAGCGAGCAGAAGCCACAUUUAAUUUUUAAUAACUUCAAAACGCCCAUUGGUUUGAGAACUGUCAAGAUACUUAAACACUUGUUCCCAGUACCGAAGGAAAAUUCCCAAAGAGUAAUGUCCUUCUUAAACCACAACGAUUCGAUUAUAUUUAGACAUCAUCAGUACAAAUAUGUGAACAAGGAAUUGGAGCUCAGCGAAGUGGGACCAAGAUUCUCUCUGAAGCUGUAUCAAAUUAAACUUGGAACGCUGGAGAAUAUAAAGGCGGCUGACACGGAAUGGAUAAACCGACCAUAUAUGAAUACGUCGCAGAAGAGGCUUAUUUUCUCUAACGAUCCGGGAAUAAUAAGUAAGGACGCGGACGUUUAGGAAUUGUUCUGCGACAAAUAAAACGAGAGCGAGGAAAUUAAAGUUAAAAUAAAUGUCUUCUUUUUCACUAUAA